AUGCAAUCCGAGGUUGAUUCAUUAAAACACCGAAUUUCUGAGCUUGAAGUCGAAAAGGCUGAGCUCGAAGCCAAGAAUGCUGAGCUUUUAAAACGGGUUAUGGAAGAGAGCACCAAACGCGAAGCUGAGAAU